AUGGAACUCUUCAAAGGACCAGCAGACAUAUAUAGACCACUGGAGGGCUCCGAGAUCCGGCUCAUAACUCUGAAGCGGACGGGCGGCAGCUCAGAUCAACCCAUCGAAGCCCAGCUGUACCACGCGCCUCUCGAGACCGCCAAGUACUUUGCCCUGUCUUACCCAUGGGGGACGCCAGGCGCGACCAGGACGAUCCUGGUGAACGGCAUCGAGUUCCCCGUCUUUGAGUCGCUGUUCCUUGCCCUCGUGAAUUUGCAGCUCCGCAACGGAAAACAAGGGCAUAGAAGCGAAUCGAGCCUGACCGGGUUCGUGCCCGGUCCUGCUUACAGCCAUGGAGACGAAGUUCCCAACAAGUGUGGGCUCGACGGCACAGGCGGGUGGUUGUUGUCGAUAGCCAGCCGGGUUAUCCUUGCCACGCUCCGCAAGGGGGCCGACCUCGUCGAUCCACCAAUGGUGGAUGCGCCAGCGCGAGAAGCACGCGAUGCCGGCAACACUGACGAUGACGAGAUUCCCACGGCGUGGUGGAUCGACGCCAUCUGCAUCAACCAAAAGUCUCUGGCCGAGAGAACCAAGCAGGUCUCGCGCAUGGGUCUGGUGUACUCGAUGGCAAGCAAAGUCGUCAUCUGGCCCGGCGAUCUGCCAAUUUGCAGAGAAGAAAUUCUCAAUGCAGCCAUUGCCGACGCCGCCUUGAAGUACACUCGGUCCCUGGUGGAGGCGUAUCCAGAGUUGACAUCGAAAACGCCUUCCGCUGGAAUCACCUUUUUCGAGGACACCGUGUGCGCCGACAUCAUCGCCAAACACAAUCUUCUAAGCAGGUCCUUGAUGGGAGCCAUGUCUACGCUCCUUUGGACCUUUCAUCAGCACUACUUCACCCGCGUUUGGACCUUCCAAGAAGCGGUGGUUGCUCAGUCCAGCCCUAUAGUCCUGCUCGGAACAUAUUCCGUCCCCCUCAUGUGCAUGGAAUGGCUAAGAGGGGGGUGGGGGGCAGUCAGCAAGAUGCCGCCCUACAGGGACUCCGUCUCGAUCAAGGCCCGCGUAGCACUGCAGGCCAGCAGUGUAGCCCCGAUCGUGGCCGCUAGAGCUUCUUUGCACGAAGCUCUGUCGUCCGGCAGCGAGCUUGAAUGUUUUGCAUCUCAGCUCUCCGCCUCUCUCCGCCAGUCUGUGGGUUGGAGGAGUGCCAGGGACCCGCGAGAUCGCAUCUACGGCAUGCUGGGCGUUACGAAACUGCCAGUCCCGAUGCCGCCUGACCUUGAACCAGACUAUGAGCGAGCCUUUGACCAAGUGGCCUUCUCCUAUGCAAAGUUUCUCAUUCGAAAUCACAACCGCCUGGACCUGCUUGGAAUGGGAGUUAAUUCGCUUGCGGGCUACCCGUCGUGGGUGCCCAACUUUGACGGAGGGACUGGUCUGGCUACUGAGCCGAGCAAGGUUCAGAGCGUCGCGACACUUUCCACCGACGGCACAUGUCUAAUCGCAAAGGGCACCGUCAUAGGAUCCGUCAUCAAGGUCCUCUCCAGGCCAGACGUCGACGGCGAGAGAGGUCUACAAGCUCGGGCUGCCCAGGACUCGGCCUUGGCCAUGUGGUCUGCUUUCCUGGAUCAGAUAGUGUGCCCCGCAGCACUGCUUCGCUCGGUAUCUUCAGAACUGGUGCUACGGGAGCUGCUGGAAGCCUAUCAAGCUGAAGACAUGAUCGACUCCGGUGACAGUACAGUCUUGCUGGCCUCGUUGGGCGCGACGGAAGCUACGGGUCGCGCUUCCGGUGUUGCGCUGAAUAAUUCGCUGCAAAGGCUGCAGGUUGUCUUCUCCUUUAUGAAUUUUGUACUGCUGGAUGAUGGGUGUAUCAUGCCGAGUCCCGUAGGUGUUCGACACGAUCCAAAGCCAGGUGACGUGGUAUCCGCCAUUCGGGGCUUCGACUUAUAUGCGGUUCUCCGUCGGAUUGACACGUCAAGUACACGAGAAGGGUUUUGCAUUAUUGAUGCUUGUUGUUUGGGAACGGGCUCCCUACCUAUGACUGUCACGGAAGAGGUUUUUGCGAACCGAGUGGAAAGAGACUUUGACAUCUGGUGA